AUGCCAACAGACCAUGUAGUUAUUGAGAAGCCCCAGAGAACACCUAAUGAUAUAGCCAGAAGUUUGGUGAAUGAAGACAAGAAGAGACGAAAUCAAUUGCCUCUGUAUCCAGGACUUGAAAGAUUCGAAUUGAUUCGUAAACUUGGAGACGGUGCUUUCUCGAACGUUUUUGAAGCCCGUGAUUUGAAAACAGGCAAGAAGGUAGCGCUAAAGGUUGCUCAAAAGUCAAAUAGUGCUGAUAAGGAUAAUGGCCAACGCCAUUUACAUUCAAAUGUAAUUAAAAAACCAAGGGCAACAGAACGUGCCAACAUCAUCAAAGAAGUUCAGAUCAUGCGCAACAUUCGCCACCCAAACAUCGUACAACUUCUCCAUUUCAGUGAAUCUCAAGAUAAUUAUUUCCUGGCGCUUGAUCUCUGCGAAGGAGGCGAAUUAUUUCAUCGAAUUGUUAAAUUAACUUAUUUUAGCGAAGAUCUUUCUCGUCAUGUCAUUACUCAAUUAGCCUCUGCUGUUCGCUACCUUCAUGAAGAAUGUGGCGUAGUCCAUAGAGACAUUAAGCCUGAAAACAUUUUAUUUGAUCCCAUUCCUAUCAUUCCCUCUAAACGUCGAGUUUAUCGUCCCACUGACAAUAUUGAGACUAAAGAAGAUGAAGGUGAAUUUAUCCCUGGCAUUGGUGGAGGUGGUAUUGGCCGAAUCAAGCUAGCUGAUUUUGGUCUGUCCAAGGUCAUUUGGAACAGUCAAACGUUCACUCCCUGCGGUACUGUUGGAUAUACUGCACCUGAAAUCGUUUGUGACAAGACAUACUCCAAAUCAGUUGAUAUGUGGGCUAUAGGAUGUGUUCUCUAUACUAUUCUCUGUGGUUUCCCUCCCUUUUAUGACGAAUCUAUUCCAGUAUUAACAGAAAAGGUAGCAAAAGGCCAAUAUACUUUCUUGUCUCCUUGGUGGGAUACGAUGUCUGAUUCUGUUAAGGACUUGAUCUCUCAUUUACUUUGCGUUGAUGUCAGAAAACGGUAUACGAUAGAUCAAUUCUUUAAUCAUCCUUGGAUCACUCAAGAGUCCCUUGUGCAUAUUCAAAACAGAUUUGCAACUCUUAAUCCUAAGAACCAACAAAAGCAAUAUGCUUAUAAUAAUCGUUUCGAACAACAAGAACAGCAAGAAUUAGAAAACAUUGCAAACAAAGCUGUCAAAUCCAAGGAAUUGACUCCACCUCUUAUCGAGCAAGAUGACGAGCUAAUGGCAGAUGAUGACAAUAACAUGGCUUAUACUACACCUGACACAAAUACGCUACGAGGCAUUUUUGAUGUGACAUACGCUGUCCAGCGAAUGGGAGAGGAGCAACCACUCAUUGAUACCCAAAGACAACAAAACAGAAAGCUAGCAAGAGUAAGAGAAGCAGAUCCAAAGCAACAAUUAAAACAGCAAUUUCAAAAUCAUCAUUUUGCUCAAGUACCAUUAGCACAACAAACACAUAAUUUACCAAUUGCUCAAAAAUUAGCUAAACAUAGUCGAGGUGUUGCUGAACCUGUCAAUUAUCGCCAUCGCAUCCAACCUCAACAGAGAUCUGUUGUAGCACCAACCAACACAUUUGGAACAAAAGGCGAAUUUAAUCUUGAUAUGGAUAAUGCUACCUUACUUAAGAAUCGUCAAGCAAACAUCAACAGAAAUCAAGCAAUGAAAAUUAAAGCAUAA